CAGCCCCGACACAGUCUCGCAGGAAACACCCCGAACUGACGCUGAAGCACUGACGCAUCGACAGCGUGGAUGAGAGGAGUUGUACAAUGACCACGAAGCGCAGCAGCAGGACCACCGAUGGCACGCCCAAAGUGGCCCGUAAAUCAGCGUCAACCGUGCUGGUCUCCGAGAUGGCCUCGCGGCUGGUCUCGGAGCUGGCCCGCCUGUUCCGGUGCUUGGCGUGCGGUGAGUGCGUGAGGCCGCCCAUCGUGCAGUGCUCCCAGGGACACCUGAUCUGCGUGUCCUGCCGCGAGAAGGACAGUACCUGUCCCGAAUGUCUCGCGCCGAUCGGCGACACCCGUGUGCCAUCCAUGGAGAAGGUGGCAGCGAUUAUCUUCACGCCGUGCCGACACUCGAUACACGGAUGCCGUGCGCAGCUGACCUUCUCCGACCAGCGGGAACACGAGAAGAACUGCGAGUUCAGGCCCUUUUCCUGCGCCCUGCCAUGGACGAAGUGCACGUGGAACGGGCCACUCUGCACCAUAGAUUCCCACAUACGCCAGGCGCACAACGCACCCUUACUCAGCGGCGAGACAGUGGUGUUUACCAUCGACGACGCGGACGGCGCCUGGUUCGGAAAGCGACUGCGCCUGCAGUCCUGCUUGGGACGAAGCUUCCUGCUCGUCUUCUGGCGCGAGCACGAGGACGCGAGCAAGGGCUGCUGCCUGGUGGCCCAGCUCAUCGGCGACCCCCGCGAGGUGGACAGGUUCACCUACCGGGUGGACGUGACGCGCGAAGGCGCCCGGUCGCUCACCUGGAAGGACAGGCCUCGCUCGCUCCACGAGAGCGUCGAGUCGGCCCUGGCCAGCAGGGACUGCCUCUUCUUCGACGCCCGACAGUUCGUGGAGGGCGGCAAGCUGAACAUCGAGUGCACCGUCUGCUCCUGCGAGGCGACGUGAUCGCAAAAGAAAUAGAAAAAUUCGCAUUAUUCUUGCGCCACACUAUAAGGGAAGUGCGCUGGUAUGAAAGGAAGACUGCAUACAGCGAUACUCGUGUCAAGCAUGGCCUCCAAGACUGGCAGCUCGGUCUAGGAGGCCACGUUUAAGGUUUGGAGUUUAGGGUACGAUUAUUUAUAUUAGGAAUGCUGCAGGAAAAUGUGGCGCGGCUGUCGUUAGGUUUUGAUGAAAUUCACGAGUAAGGCAUGAAUUUUUCUACAACUUGGCAAGGGUUUGUUAAAAAAAAAGCAAGCUGAAUUUUUUUAUUCUUUACGUAUUGUUUUUUGAGAUUUUCAGACUCCCAAAUUUACGAGUGGUGGCUUGCUUUGCAUACGUAACUGAUGUUUAAUUAUAUAGUUUGCAUAAAUGACUUCCCAUAAC